AACACUGUACUGACUCACACAAGACCUGGAAAGCUUUUGGUGUGUCCGAUUGGAUUCCACCUAGCUGCUAAAUUAUUUAAAUUUGAAUCAAGCGGAUUUUAGAUACUACAUCCGCAGUGCAAUAGCAUUCACCAGAAAAGGAUCAACAUGACUUCCUACGUAAGGGCCAUGUACGAUUUCAGCGGUGAGCCUGGCUCAUCGGAGUUGUCGAUAAGCACGGGCGAGGUUCUCUCAGUGACUCGCUCCGAUGUGGGUGAAGGCUGGUGGGAGGGCAAAAAUAUUCGUGGUCAGAUUGGUCUGUUUCCCGCUGCCUAUGUGGAGGUGAUGUCAGCCGCCGAAGCCCAACGUCACAAUGCCACCAACAACUCCGUUUCGACGCCAGCAGUUGAAUCCAAUAGUGCACCCCGCUACGAUCAAACGGCUGAUGACGAUGGCAGCAACUGGGACGACGAAGAUGAUUGGAGUGAUGAUAAUGAGACAUAUUCGGAAAUCGGUCCAAGUGGACGGGCAGCUGCUGCUGGUGGUGCUAGCAAGUCGGCUGGCGGUCUGGCACAUUCCUCAAGUGAUUACGACAAUAGGCAUCUACCUGUUGCUCCCAAUGAUGACGCUAUAUCAAUGGCCUCAACAUCAGCGGCCUCGGCUACCAUGAAGAAGGGAAUGUUUGCAAAGAGUUCAGAUUCUUAUAUCUUGGGAUUGUCCGGCAACAACAAGGAGAAGAUUCCCGAAUGUGAAUUGGCCUAUAUAACACAAUUGGAGGAUUCCAUCUAUCAGUGGACACAAAAUCAUUCACCCUAUACGGUGGUUGUGGCCAGUCCCAAAAAGGAAUCCAAAUUCAAAGGAAUGAAGACAUUCAUCGCCUACCAGCUGACGCCUAGUUUUAAUAAUAUAUCGGUGUCGCGUCGCUACAAGCACUUUGAUUGGCUGCACGAACGUUUGGUGGACAAAUUUUGUUUGAUACCCGUGCCACCGCUGCCGGAUAAGCAGAUCUCUGGUCGUUAUGAAGAGCAAUUUGUGGAACAUCGUCGCGUUCAACUUCAGGAAUUCGUCGAUUGGGUAUGCCGUCAUCCGGUUAUCUCGAAAUGUGAGGUUUGGUAUCAUUUCCUCACCUGUACCGAUGAGAAAAUCUGGAAAUCGGGCAAACGAAGGGCUGAACGGGAUCCCUAUAUGGGUGUGAACUACUGCCUGGCCAUUUCACCACCGGACAAGAAUCUAUUGCACUCGAAGGUGGAUGCCCAGCUGGAAAGUGGCUCGCAAUUUAUCCACUCUAUGGAUAUAGCGAUUCGUAAUCUGAACACCAUAUCCAAUGACAUGGCCAAACGCUCUCAAACGCAAAGUAAAAAGGAAUUCCAACGCAUAGGUGAUGGCCUCUCGGACUUGGCCAAAUCCUUAAAUAUUGAUGAAAGACGGGCGCCUACACGCAAUGGUGUGCCCCUUUCGGAUAGUGUGGGACGCAUUGGUGGCAUCUUUAUAGGUAUUGGUCAAAUGUUUGGCGAUCAACCCAAACAUGAUUGGAUACCUUUAUCGGAUCGUCUGCACAUAUAUAGAGGUGUUCUUAAUUGCUUCCCCGACAUUUUCUCCACACAUAAGGGCGCCAUACAGAAGCGCAAAGAUUGUGAACGUUCCACUGCUGAGGGCAAGAUGAACAAUGCUCAGUUGCAGGAUGUCAAUAGACGCACCGAUGUCGUCUCCUAUACGGUGCUAGCCGAGUUAACCCAUUUCAAAACGGAACGCGAUACUCAUCUGAAGCAGACACUCAAAAACUUUAUUGCCGAGCAAAUUAAAUUCUAUCAGGGUGUGGUGGCGAGACUCCAAGAAGCUCAACGACAGAUUGAAUAGGUGAUGGAAUGUAUGUGGGGAAUCUGUCAAUGGCACAAUGGAAACACACACACACACACACACACAAGCAAACACACAGACUCACACAAAUAGCUGAAAACAUUCGCACGGUCGCAUUUCAAAUGCUUUAAAAUGGAACUCUUUCAAUUUUAUGUGGUUUUUAACAAGCA